CGGUCCCGUUCCUGCGGAGACUCCGGACCCGUUCUUGCGCCGACCCGGACUCCAUGUUGUUCAGACAGCCACGGAGCUAACAAGUGUCCUAGCCGAAAACUCUCACGUUGCAACUCUGUGUGUGCGAGAAGUAAAGUGUGUGUGUGUGUGCCUGCGAGUGUGUUGACCCUCCGAAAGAAGAUGGCAGACUACCGGGACGACACCGGAGCUCGAGCCCUGCUUGCUUUACAGUCGGCACCGUGCAGUCCCGUGCGCGUCGCGGUGACCUCGCACGCCUAUCACCAGCCCUCGCUCGCCCUCUUGGGUCCUCCGGUGAUGGAAGCCCGCGCCGACGCCGGGAUUCUUCCCGUACGCCUCGCUUGUCCUCCUCCGCAGGCCCUGGCCAGACUCGAAGGCCGGGACUUUGAGUUUGUCAUGCGCCAGAGGACGGUCACCAUAGGCCGGAACUCAUCUCACGGCUCCGUGGACAUCAACAUGGGUCACUCGAGCUUCAUUUCACGGCGGCACCUGCAGAUCACCUACGACGAGGCGAACGGUUUCUCCCUCCGGUGCUUGGGCAAGAACGGCGUGUUCGUUGACGGGGUGUUCCAGCGGAGGGGGGCGCCGCCACUUCAGCUGCCCCGAGAAUGUGUGUUUCGUUUUCCCAGUACGGUUAUCAAGAUCCAGUUUAUGUCACUCCUGGAGCCCGAGGAUCACAGAGAGAGGGAGCAGCCCUCUCUUCCCCCUCGGCCACUUCUGCCCCACAUUUCUCCCCUCAAAAUCAGCAUUCCCACAAUGCAGCAGCACGAAGAGCACAUCAGGGCAUUUGGCUCCCCGCUGCCCUCGCCCACAGGCACUAUCAGUGUUCCUAACUCCUGUCCGGCUAGUCCACGAGGGGCAGGGUCAUCAGGGUAUCGCUAUGGGCGUAAUGUGACCUCUGACCUGCAGUUAGCAGCUGAAUAUGCUGCCAAGGCUGUUUCUGAGCAGAGACGAAGCAUUGCUGAGCAGAGAGGUGGGGGAAGUGAGCAGCGGGGGGAGUCGGCUGGUGGAGACAGCCCCAAGGAUGAGUCCAAGCCACCUUAUUCCUAUGCACAGCUGAUUGUCCAGGCCAUCUCGUCUGCCCCAGACAAACAGCUGACUCUCAGUGGCAUCUACGCCCACAUCACCAAACACUACCCUUACUAUCGCACUGCAGACAAGGGCUGGCAGAACUCGAUCAGACACAACCUGUCUCUCAACCGCUACUUUCUGAAAGUGGCCCGCUCUCAGGAUGAGCCUGGGAAAGGGAGUUUUUGGCGUGUGGAUUCUGCUUCUGAGAGCAAGCUAGUAGAGCAAGCCUUCAGGAAAAGACGGCAAAGAGGGGUGGCAUGCUUUAGGACGCCAUUUGGACCUCUCUCUUCUAGGAGUGCCCCUGCAUCCCCGACCCACCAGGGACUACUUUCUCCUCCAUCCAGCGGGCUGCAGACUCCUGAAUGUCUGAGCAGGGAAGGCUCUCCUAUCUCCCAUGACCACCAUGAACAGCUGGCUAACAAACUGGCAUCUGUACCUGAGUAUAGGUACUCUCAGAGUGCCCCAGGAUCUCCAGUCAGUGCUCAGCAUGUCAUCAUGGCUGCACCCCCUCACCCGACUGUCAUGUCCUCAGGCCCGGGGAAAGCUCUUGCUUUAGUUCCAGGUGGUGGCCAAAUCCAGCCCAUCCACGUGCUCCAGAACCCCCCUCAGUCCUCUGUCACCAUGGUGCGGGUGGUUACCAGCGGCCCUCUAACUUCCAACCCUCCAAAUGGGUACAGUGCCCCCUCUGUUGGAGGAGCAGAGGGCAACAGUGAGCUCAGAGAAGCCCAGCUGAACAGAGAGCGAGUGAUCCACACUGUGGACAGUGCGGUGCAGGGCGGGGAUGGGAGGAACUUCACCCCAGGUUUACAUCAACUUCCUGUUCGUCCUGUUACCCAGAACGGCAAACACACCACUGGCGCUGUUGCCACAGCAACCAGCCUUGCCAAUGCAUCUGGCCUGAGUAGUCCUCUCCAGAUCUUGGCUGCCCAGGCCUCCAGCUCCCCUCCAGUGCUGGUUAGCAGACAGCCAAGUGCAGAAACUUUAGCUGAGCAGCCAGGCGAGCCCCAGACCAAGCGGCCAAGAAUGGAGGACGAGGGUUUGACUGAAUCUGCUCAACAUCACGUCACACCUGCCCAGCAGCCAGUCAUCGUUGCCAUGACAUCACAAACCCAUGACCCUAGGAAGUAAAACCCAGGGCCUCUUUCCAGGUACCCAGCGGACAGCCUCCUUAUCGACCCCAAACUGCUUCACCUUUUUAUACUCAUUUGAUAUGACUGCAACCGACAUGGCCAAAAAAUGUACAGGCAGCCUCUCUCAACCGAAGGGAAUUCAAUUGCAGGGAACAUAUAUUUUGGUCAAAAAUAGAUAAAAACAUUCAAAUACAUUCUGAAUGUGAAAAGCAAGUAAAUCUUUCUGGACUUUUUCAGCUUUACAGUCUUUUUAAUACAAUCCAUCAUUCACUGACAACACAAACAAGUAAGGACAUUAAGCUUAUGUCAGAGCAUUAUGCAUGUAAAAAUGAUUUCAGCACUACUUUUACUACGUGAAUGUUGGAUAAUUUCUUGAGCACAACCUUUCCUGUAGUUGAUGGAUCAGAUGCAUCAGUCACUCUCAGGCCAAAGAACUCACCUCUCCUGCACUUCUGAUUAGAGUCACUGCCUGAUUUUUAAACCAGUUUGAUCAGAGAUUUGAAAUGGCUGUCAAUGACAGAAGAAACUGAUGAUCAGAGUUGAUCUAUUUUGUUGUUUCACACAGUCUUGGACAGAAGGAUAGCGAGGACUUAGCUGCAUAUACCCAGGCCAGGUUAAUGAGACUUGGGAGACUGUAUGAAUUCUUCAUAAGGCAAUCCUUGCAAAAAGACAAAAACAGAUUGUCUCUCUUAGAAAUGAAAGAUAUUAUUAAGGCCUAGAGCAGAACGUGAGGUCUCUCUUCUUCUUGCCUUCUCUGUAAAGCACAAAAAGAAAGGUGUAUUGCUUUGGAAGAAGAGAUAGGAGGAUAUCCAGGAAUAACAAACCAGGGCUUUGCAGUUUUCGCUUCAUUUCAGCUCAAUUUGGUUUAUCGGUGUGAAGCUGCUCGGAUUCAAGAUGGUCUGGUUGAUUGGACAGCAGAGUUGGGCCAGGGAAAGGCAAAAAAGAGGCAACUAUUCGGAGUUGAUUGAAGUGGAGCUAACCUAAUGUAGACAAACUGAUUGUUAUAAUUUUUCUUUGUUUCAGUAGAGGUAAAAGGAGAAAUGGAACAGCCUGUGCGUACAGUUUUGUUUGUCUUAGCACAGAAAAGCAUUAUUGUAAUAAUCCUUUAAAGCCUUAAAUAUUUCUA